AUGAACGCCGAUUACGAUCUUGACACCCCCAUCACCUCAAAAACCGGCCUCCGUCAAGGCCUGGCUUCAUACGGAGACCCUCACUUCUCACUCUUCCUUCGGAAAGUGUUCAUUAAGGCACUGGGCUACAGCGAAGAUGCUCUUUCAAGGCCAAUUAUCGGCAUUGUCAAUACAUACUCCAGCUUCAACCCCUGCCAUGCAAAUGUCCCGCAGCUCAUAGAAGCUGUCAAGAGGGGAGUUCAUCUCGAAGGUGGGCUGGCUAUAGAUUUCCCGACCAUCAGUAUCGCUGAGAGUUUCUCGUCGCCGACGAGCAUGUAUCUUCGUAAUCUCAUGAGUAUGGAUACGGAGGAGAUGAUCAGUGCGCAACCUUGCGAUGCUGUUGUGUUGAUUGGGGGCUGUGAUAAGACUACUCCUGCUCAAUUGAUGGGUGGAAUUUCAGCAAACAAGCCCAUUCUUCAUCUCGUUACUGGCCCGAUGAUGCCCGGCAGUCAUCGCGGAGUGCGUAUAGGAGCCUGCACGGAUUGCCGUAACAACUGGGCCAAGUACAGAGCAGGGACUAUGGAUAUUGAAGAUAUAUCAGCAAUCAAUGAAGAGCUGGCACCAACAGGAGGAACUUGUGGAGUCAUGGGUACUGCGUCUACCAUGGCCGCCAUACUUGUUGGUCUCGGUAUGAUGCCUUUCGCUGGAGCAACAGCCCCAGCUGUAUCGGCAACAAGACUUCGCAUUGCAGAAGCCACAGGUGGAUAUGCCGUCGCUUCGUGCAAAGAUGUCGAGCGUCUGAGACCGCAGGCUCUGCUAACACGAGAAUCGUUUCUGAACGCUAUUAUUGUUUUGCAGGCAAUAGGUGGUUCAACAAACGCUGUUGUGCAUCUCAUGGCUAUUAUCGGACGCCAUCCUGCCGUAGCAGGGACGAUCACUUUGGACACUAUUGAUGAAAUAGGUCGAAAAACACCAUUGCUAGUUGAUUUGAAGCCGAGUGGUGAUAAUUACAUGACCGAUUUCCAUAACUCAGGCGGCAUGCUCGCAUUGUUCCAUGAGUUGAAACAUCUUCUUCAUCUCGAUGCUUUGACAGUCACUGGUCGUACAAUUGGCGAAGAGAUUGCCAACAACUCUCUUAUCCCUGUCCCACGGGGACUCAGCGUCAUCCAACCAUUUGACAAGCCCCUAUACCCAGCAUCAUCCCUAGUGGUGCUGAGAGGCAACUUGGCCCCGGGAGGUGCUGUAAUGAAGGCAAGCGCUUCCAAGUACAGAAACUUGCUCCAGCAUACCGGGAAAGCAGUAGUCUUUGCAAAUUCUGCGGAUAUGGCCGAGAGGAUAGACGACCCUGAUCUGGACGUGGCUCCAGAUAGUGUUCUCGUUCUUCAGAACAUUGGACCUAUCGGAAAUCCGGGAAUGCCGGAAGCUGGUAUGAUCCCAAUUCCGAGAAAGAUUGCAUCGCAAGGUGUCCUGGAUAUGCUGCGUCUGUCGGAUGGUCGCAUGAGUGGUACAGCAGGUGGAACAAUUGGCCUUCACAUAUCCCCAGAGUCAGCCGACCCCAGGUCCCCUCUGGGUAUCGUUCGAAACGGAGACGUCAUUACAUUGGACGUUGAGAACAGACGACUCUCGGUUGAUCUUUCUGAUGACGAAAUAUCUCAAAGAAUUCAGGAGAGACUCGAAAGUUUUCAGAAAGGCGAGGCUGCAGAGGCACCAUGGCGUGAACCAAGCGGAAUUAGGUGCCGAUUUUGA